GGAAAAAAGGCGGCUCCCCCUACCGCCGCUGGCACGCGCCCCAACUCGCCCAACCCCCACCCUGCCGCCGGCCGCGGAUGACGCCCGCGACUCCCACCGCCGCCGCGCCCAUCCGCCAGCACCUCCCCUCCUCCUCCUCGGCGCGCUCCGGCAACCCGCGCCCCAGCGGCCGCCUCCGCCUGCGCCUGCCCGCUCGCCCCCGCGCCGCCCCCUCGGCCUCCAUGUCCGCCGAGGCGCGGGCGGCCCCGUCGCCCGUGCCGCCUCCAGCGCACCCCACCUACGACCUCAGCGCCGUCAUCGCCCUCGCCCUCUCCGAGGACGCCGGCGACCGAGGGGAUGUGUCAUGCUUGGCUACGAUACCAACCGAUGUGAAAGCUGAAGCCACUUUUAUUGCUAAGGAGGACGGUGUCAUUGCAGGCAUAAGCCUGGCUGAGAUGAUAUUUAACCAGGUUGAUCCGUCGUUGAAGGUUGAAUGGUUUGAAGCUGAUGGAAAUUAUGUUCAUAAGGGAUUGCAGUUUGGCAAAGUAUAUGGGUGUGCUCAGAGUAUUAUUGUUGCUGAGAGGGUUGUGCUAAAUUUCAUGCAAAGAAUGAGUGGAAUCGCUACAAUGACGAAGGCCAUGGCUGAUGCUGCUCGUCCAGCAUGCAUACUGGAAACAAGAAAAACUGCUCCAGGUUUACGUCUGGUUGACAAGUGGGCAGUACUAAUUGGUGGUGGGAAGAAUCACAGGCUUGGAUUAUUUGAUAUGGUUAUGAUAAAAGAUAAUCAUAUUUCUGUUGCCGGGGGCAUUACAAAUGCAAUGACAUCUGUUGAUCAGUUCUUGGAGAAGGAAAAUCUUGCAGUUCCUGUUGAGGUCGAGACGAGGACACUCGAGGAAGUUAGAGAUUUAUUGAAGUAUACCGAUGAGAACAAGACUUCAUUAACUCGUAUAAUGUUGGAUAAUAUGGUUGUACCUCUUCCUAAUGGGGACCUAGAUGUAUCAAUGCUCAAAGAUGCAGUUCAGUUGAUAAAUGGAAGAUUUGAGACCGAGGCGUCUGGAAAUGUGACGAUCGAUACGGUGAAGAAAAUCGGAGAAACUGGAGUUACAUACAUUUCAAGUGGAGCGUUGACGCAUUCCGUGAAGGCGCUCGACAUAUCUCUCAAGAUAGACACCGAGCUGGCUCUUCAAGUUGGAAGGCGCACAAAGCGCGCCUGACACCACAGGAUGUUUGGCGUGGCUAGCCGGUUCAUCAUUCGACAACGUGAUCGCCACGCUAUGAUUUCUAACUAAUAUAGUGAAGGAUGCAAUCCCCGCCUCACGAUCAUCCAGUUCGGAUGAACGCCACAGUUGCUAUAGUAUCCAACGGAAGGACAAUAAUAAUAGCCUGAAUGCCCAGCUUUCAGUAGAUUGCGAAACAUUUAAGCCGUUGACUAGACAGGCAGAAAUUGUUGCUAAAUGGCGUAGAAGUUGUAUGUGACGCCACAAAACAUCUGUUUCCCAGGAACUGAGAAAGAAAUAAAAUGGUGUGCCUGUUGCCUUUAGUAAA